ACCCUAUGGCACACGAGGACGCGACUCGGGGAGCCUCCCCGGAUUCGACAGGGGUCAGCGCUUCUUCAAGUUUCGCGCGUUAUAUUGCAAUACCAUGGCAAUGCAGUUCGCCAUUGAAAGGGCAUCUGACGCUCUCCUGAUUUGUGUUUUGCUAGGUGUUGAAUCAUACAUAAAGCCCCUCCCAUCCCGGUCCUCUCACUACGCAUGCCACCUUUCGUCUAUUAACCGGUAAUUGACAGAACUUCACUAGUAUCGUCCAUCUAGACCUCCGUACAUCAUGUCUACUGAGGAGUUCGAGGCCCUAUCCCGGGAACAAGUGGACCACUUCAUGUCGUUUGGAUGGGUCAAGAUCCCCGGAGCAUUCACGAGAGCGCAGGCUUCUAAAUGGACAGAAAAUCUAUGGCUUCGACUAGGCUACGACCCAAACAACCCAUCUACCUGGGUGCUGGAGAAAAUCAACAUGCCCUCGCACUCAAGCGUCGACGUGAGGCAAUUCGCGCCGACGGCUUGGGCCGCUAUUUGCGAGUUGCUCGGAGGAGAGGAACGCACUGAUCCCAUGUCUACACAAUGGUCAGACGCGUUCAUCGUCAACCUAGGCGAUCAGUCCAAGACAGGGAACCGCAAACCCAUCCCUCCGCGAGAGCUCGACAAUUGGCACGUCGACGGCGACUCGUUCAUCCACUUUCUCGACUCGCCCGAGCAAGCCUUGCUCGUCAUUCCGGUCUUAAGCGACAUCGAAGAAGACGGAGGCUGCACGUACAUCUGUCCGGACGGAAUUGGAGUGGUCGCCAAACACCUCCGCGACAACCCAGAGGGUGUCACGCCGUACAUGGCUCGCGAAGGUGAUGAAGACGAGGGCAAAUACCACGAAUUCAGUUGGUUCGUUCAGCAGAUUCGCGACGACACAAAGUGCAAUUUGUUCCAGCAGAUGACCGGAAAGGUCGGCGACGUUAUCCUCAUGCAUCCUCUGAUGAUCCACUCUGCGUCCCGAAACUGCUGCGGAACUCCCCGCAUCAUCACGAAUCCUUCUGUCCACUUGAAAGAACCGUUCCAAUUCGACCGGAAAGAUCCCGAUGAGUUUUCGCUUGUGGAGCGUAAGACCCUCCGCGAACUGGGCGUCAUGAGUCUUCCGGAGUGGCAGAUCAAUCGGGAGAGAAAGAAACUAUUACCGGGCCGAGUGGAGAUCCACGAUCGCAUGAGAGAGAUCGAAAAGAGAAGGCUGAAGGGCGAGAACAUGGGUGCAACCGGCGAUACGGGUGUUGAAGUACACCGCAAACUUGUCAAGGAUCUUUAUGUGAUGCCAUGAGAAGACCUGCAACACGCAGCAGAAAGCGACAGCCGGAAGUCACGAACAAAGCAAGGUAUGAUGGGACCUAGUUCCUAGGUUUGAAAGUUGAGCUUGAGCAACAUGUGUAGUGGAAUGGAAAAGAGUAGCACUUCGGCGCAAAGAUAUUUUUGAGCUCAUACUCA